GACAAUUCUUGAGUGAACAUUAUGACUAACCUUGGAAAGCAGUUUGUUUUAUUAUUAUGGAAGAAUUGGCUUCUACAGAAAAGGAAAGUGUGUGUAACUGUGUUUGAAAUCGUCCUACCAAUAGUGUUUGCAGUGAUUCUGGUCUGUAUAAGACUUAUUGCGAAGAAUGAAACUAUAUCAGAUCCAACAAUAUGGCCGCCAUUCCAACCUCAAGAUGUGUUUCUAAAGGGAAUGAAAAACGAAAUUCUGUACUCACCCAAUACUACAGCAGUUAGAAGCUUAAUGACAAAUUUCCGCAAUUAUUUACCAAAUACUACUAGUUUAGAUAACAGAACGCAACACCAUUGGCAUGUAUACGGAUUUGACAGCGAAGAGUCAUUACUGGAAUACCACGAAAAAAAUCAUAUAAAAGUUCGCGCUGGAAUUUCUUUCAUGAAGGCAGCUUCCGGUUUACCAAGCAAUGUGGAUUACACUUUGCGCGUGGCCCGGAAGGACGUAUCUGACAGAUGGCUCACCAAGAAUGUGUAUCCCUUCUUUCAGCUCACUGGUCCAAGAAAUAACAUAUCAACGGGAGGCAAUCCAGAUUACCAAGGGACCGGUUUCUUAGCUUUCCAGUAUGCUGUAGAUAUGGCCAUUGUCGAGCAUUUUAAUGCAACGUCUAAUCUAAAUAAUUAUGACUUCUUCAUGAAGAAGAUGCCUUAUCCACCCUACACUAAAGACAACCUGACUACUGUUAUACAGAUGUACCUUCCUUUCUUCCUUAUUCUUGGAUUCAUCCUCUCUUCACUACAAACAACCAAAGCUAUUGUGUAUGAAAAGGAAAAGAAAUUGAAAGAGUCUAUGAAGUUGAUGGGUCUGAACUCCUCCAUUUACUGGGCGUCCUGGCUGUUUAAAAGUUCAAUUUACCUCAUCAUUGCCUCAGCCUUCUACAGCAUCUUGUUCUCUAUAGAGGUUUCAGACAAAGGCAAGGUGCUCGCCAAGACCGAUCCCUCCCUGUUCUUUGUAUUCCUCCUUUGUUAUUCCGUGUCUAUCAUCUGUUUCUGUUUUAUGGUCAGCACAUUUUUCAACAAAGCGAAUUCGGCCGCCUUCGCCAGUGGAAUAGGUUAUUUCUGUACGUAUGUUCCAUACUUCUUCCUCCAAAGUCGAUACGAAACAAUGUCAAAAUCGGAAAAACUCGGGAUUUGUAUUCUUAACAAUAUGGGAAUGGCCUUUGGAAUAAAUACCAUUGGAAUAUAUGAAGGAACAGGAUAUGGUGCACAGUGGAAUAAUUUCGCUGAACCAGCAACUGUUGACGACAACUUUUCAUUGCUUGACGCCAUGUUGAUGUUGUUGGGGUCGAGUGGAAUUUAUCUCGUCAUCACGUGGUAUGUAGAUGGCGUAUUCCCGGGAGAAUAUGGUGUUCCCUUGCCAUGGUAUUUCCCUCUUUCGAAAAAUUACUGGUGUGGCACAACACAAAGUUCCUCAACAUCGAGUGAUACAGGAAAGUUGGAUCCAAAAUACUUCGAAAGAGACCCUAAUGGUUUAUCUGUCGGAAUUAGUAUCAACCAUCUUAGAAAGGAGUUUGGUGGCGGGAAGAAGAAGAAAGUGGCGGUAGCCGACACAACACUGAAUAUUUUCAAAGGUCAGAUCACAGCACUCUUGGGUCAUAAUGGCGCUGGCAAAACAACAACCAUGUCCAUGCUGACAGGUUUCCUCCCUCCUACAUCGGGUACAGCGACAGUGAACGGUUAUGAUAUUUGUGAGGACAUUCAGAACGUGAGGAGGAGUCUAGGACUCUGUCCUCAGCAUAACAUUCUGUUUGAUACACUGACUGUUGAGGAGCAUCUGAAAUUCUUCGCACAGUUGAAAGGUUGUCCGAAGAAAAAUGUAAACAAAGAAGUGGACGACAUGAUAAAGGUAUUGGGAUUAGAAGCCAAGAGGAAGAACUUCUCCAUGACUCUAUCUGGCGGACAGAAAAGAAAGUUGUCUGUUGGAAUAGCAUUAAUCGGAGGUUCAGAGGUCAUUAUCCUGGACGAACCAACUUCCGGUAUGGAUCCGGCGGCUCGACGCCAAACUUGGGAAAUUUUACAGAAAUUCAGAGAAGAUAAAACCAUGAUUCUUUCCACUCAUUUUAUGGACGAGGCCGAUCUCCUUGGUGAUCGUAUUGCCAUUAUGGCGGAAGGAGUAGUCAAAUGUUGUGGAACGUCUUUGUUUCUGAAAAAGUUAUAUGGAGCUGGAUACCAUCUUGUCAUGGUGAAGGAUAAAGGAUGUGACGUCACCGCUGUGACGAACGUAAUCAAGCAGCACAUCCCAGCGGCUGAACUUGAGAGCGAGAUCAGUGCAGAGUUGUCAUAUCUUCUUCCAUUUGACGAAUCACCAAAAUUUGAACAACUGUUCAAUGAAAUAGAGAAAAGGAAAUCAGAGCUGAAAUUAACAAGUUUUGGAACGUCUGCCACAACAAUGGAGGAGGUCUUUCUUAAAGUUGGGGAAAGCAGCCAAAGAUCUGAAGAAGAAAUGUACACUCCUUCUAAGUCUUCAGUGGCCUAUGAGAACGGCGGGUACGGCAGUACUAACGAUAUCCCCAAUGGCGUCACUAACGGCUCGGCGGACAAAACAAAGAAUGGAGUGGUUCAAAAUUUAAAAGUUGCUAAUGAGGAAACUUACAUAGGAUUCAAUACUGGUCUGAAGAAAAAUAGCGGAACAGUUCUAGCUCUGCAGCAGUUUUACAGCAUGUUUGUCAAAAAAGUAAUCCAUACCUGGAGGAACAGAACAGUCACUUUGGUCCAGCUUCUUGUUCCAGUUGUUUUUACCCUCCUAGCUCUCACCGUGGAAAAGACUCUCCCAAAGCAAGAGGACGAAUCAUCUUUAUUAUUGAAUUUGAAACCGUUUCCAGACAAUUUGGCAAUGUAUACCUCGAAAUCUGCUUUUCCCAUGAGUAAGUCCAUGGCAGCUGAUUAUGCAGAUUCUAUAAUGUCUGAUGGAUACAAAGUUUUGAAAUAUGACCAGAAUGACUUCGAUGAUUUUAUCAUUGAAGAAUCCAAGCGAGUCCUUCAAGCAAUUUUCAAAAGAAACUACAUUAUUGGGAGUAUGUUUGACAUAGAAAGUGCGUCCGCUGGCAACAUAACGUCGUAUUUCAAUGGAGAUCCACUGCAUGCAAGUGCGAUAAGCUUGACCUAUACAAUGGAUUCUUUGCUCAAACAUUUCACCAGUAAAAAUCAUUCCAUUCAGACCACUAAUUUUCCCUUCCCUAGACCGUUGGAUGACACAAGUCGUGGCAUUGGAUAUGCCACAAGAGGAACUGGUUUCACCAUCGCCUUUUGCAUGCUCUUUGGAUUAGCUUUUCUUUCCACGAGUUUCAUUAUAUUUCUGAUCAAGGAAAAAAUAACCGGAGCAAAACACCUUCAGAAGGUUAGCGGCGUGAGUUCUUCUGCCUAUUGGAUGUCCAACCUUGUGUGGGAUCUACUGAACUAUCAGAUUCCUAUUAUCCUGAUCAUGAUUUGCUUCGCUGCUUUCCAAACCCAGGCUUACACGGGAGAUAACCGUCUUGGACUGAUUUACGCCAUGUUCUUCCUGUAUGGCUGGGCUUGCAUGCCAUUUGUGUAUAUAUUCUACUAUCUGUUUAAAACACCAGCUUCUGGAAUGGUGGCUGGAAGUUUAUUAAAUAUUCUUACAGGUCUUGCUACAAUAAUGGCUGUUUUCACUCUCAGAGUCCCUGACCUCGGCAUAUCAGAAGACAUAUCCGAUACUUUUGAUUGGUUGUUUACUAUAUUCCUCCCAAACUACUGUUUGGGUCAGACACUGAUGAACAUGUAUGUGAAUUACGAAUACAUAGACACGUGCACAAAGUUGAACUACGAAAUUAUGUGCUCUCUUCCUAAUCCUCAAAUUAAAUCCUGCUGCAGAGAUAUCUGCACGGAGAACUGUUUAAUCUUUGAAAAGAAUUACCUAGCUUGGGAGAUUCCGGGUGUUGGAAAAUAUUUCGUUUUCAUGGCAGCACAGGGACUUUUCUACAUGAUCCUUGUGUUCUUAGUGGAGUUCGGCGUUAUCAGUCGCAUCCGAUAUAUGAUCUGUAAUCGUGACCCCAUUGCUGUCUCGUCAGAGGUCGGUAAAAGUGAUGCCAUCCCAGACGACGAUGAUGUCGAAGAAGAAAAGCGCCGCAUCAAUAAAACUUCUAUCGAUAGCCUCCUCAAGACUGAAUCCUUGCUUCUACGAAACCUCAGCAAGUCUUAUGGUUCGUACACUGCUGUCAAAGGUGUAUGUGUGGGCGUGUCGCAACAAGAGUGCUUCGGACUCUUAGGACAAAACGGGGCGGGUAAAACAUCAACAUUUAAAAUGUUGACGGGGGAUGAAUUGGUGACAGGUGGUAACGCCUACUUGAAUGGCUAUGACGUCAAAACGGAACUUGAAAUGGUACAACAGAACCUUGGGUACUGUCCCCAGUUUGACGCCCUGAUAGAUCAAAUGACGGGUAGGGAGACACUGACCAUGUAUGCCAGAUUGAGGGGAAUCAAGGAAUCCCAAAUUAAAGGCGUGGUCAACGAAUUAUUAGAGACUAUGAUGCUUAGAAAGUAUGCUGAUAGGCAGUGUGGCACGUACAGUGGAGGUAACAAACGGAAGUUGAGCACAGCCAUCGCUCUGAUUGGAGAUCCUCCAUUUAUUCUCCUUGACGAACCCACAACGGGGAUGGAUCCAGCUGCCAGAAGACAGCUCUGGAAUGUUCUCUCCCAGGUCCGCGCCAGUGGGCGGACCCUAAUCCUCACCUCUCAUAGCAUGGAAGAAUGUGACGCAUUAUGUACAAAGAUUGUGAUAAUGGUAAAUGGAAAGUUUGUCUGCUUUGGAAGUCCACAACAUUUAAAGAACAAAUUCGGCCAUGGAUACACUCUCAUUGCAAGGCUUGCCCAACAAAAAGAUGGCACAACAGCUCCAUCUGAGCCCCUUAAAAACUUUGUAAAAGCUACAUUUCCGGACAGCACGAUAUUUGAUGAUCACCAGGGCUACGUGCAUUUUCAAAUUCCGGACAACAAUGUAGCAUUGGGCAGAGUGUUUGGAGAGAUGGAGCGAGCAAAAUCUCAGUUUGAUAUUGAGGACUACUCUGUGCAUCAGACGACGUUAGAACAGGUUUUCCUCAGUUUCACAAGGCAUCAGGAAGCACCUGCUGUCCAGGAGGAGAAGAAGUGCUGCUCUUGUUUAUGUUGUGUUUAAAAAAAAGUUUACUUAUGUUGUUUGUUUUAAUACGAUGUAAUACUGUUGACAAUCAAUGUAUGUCCGUAUACAGCUGUAUAAUUAAAUAAUAUUUUAAAUAGUAUUUAAUCUCGUUUAACUCUUAGUAUAUAAAAAAGGAACAUUGUUCAAAGAAUUUGUAACAACAUUAGUAACUUAGCAGCAUAUUAGCUAACCAAACUUUGAAAAUUAAAAUAAAAAGUGCAAUGGUCAUUAAUUUUGCAUCUUUAUGAAAAUAUACACUAGAGUUAUAAAAAAUAUGGACUAAGUUCAUUUAAAAAAAAAUUUCUGACCAGCUCUGCACCUAACAAGCGGGUUUUUAGAGGAUUGAUGUGGAUCAGAAACUCUUGGUUGAACUUGAAUUUGUACCCGCAUUUAUUACUUUGUAAGGGAUAAUUCUGAUCAGAACAUUGAGUUUUAAAUGUAAUAUGUAUUACAAGAACUUUUAUUUUUUAUUAAGCUAUAUAUUUUAUGUGAUGUUGUAUGUCUUAUUAUAUUGACAAAUGACAUUAUUUUCUCUGUUGUUUAUUGUCUUUCAGUGGAAACUAAAUGAACAAAUAAAAUUUUGAUUUGACCUGA